AUGGCUGAUGAAAAAGUUUCUACCAUUAAUCCUUCUAAUGCCAGCAAAAAACCUCAACCUGCUGGGGGUAGCAGUAACAACAACACUGGAAACAUUUCCAGUCAUGCUUUCAGGAAUGUCAAUAUCAUGAAUGAUCUAACCUGUAACGUAGUAACCAACACUAACAUCAACUUCGCAACUGGCGCGGACAACUUUAUAGCCAAUGCAGGCAACUACAUUAUAACCAACACAAAUAACGAUUUUGUAAGCAGUGGAGGCAACUAUAAUAUAACUAACACAAGCAACAGCUUUGUAGCGGGUACAGGCAUUAGGGGCAACUACGGUGUAACCUACAACAACAACAACAACUAUGUAGCAGGUAGAAACAACAACAAUGCUUUAACCAACAAGCCAGUGAAAUCAAACAACGUUGCCAAGAGAGGUAACAAUGAAAUGAGAAAGAAUUGUCAAGCAUUAAUGCAAGAAGCCAUGCUGGAUAUGUCUGGCAUCAAAAGUGGAGUUUCUUUUGAUAGCGAAUCGACUGACCGUCGGAAAAUUCUAAUCGCUGAGAACCAUUGCAAUAAUUGUCUAGUCAUCAACAAUAAUGGCAGUAGCAACAACAUUCUGGUUAAGGGCAACUAUAGUAACAAUAAAAUAAUAAUUAAUUAUGUAAUGAACAACCACAACAGCAGCAACGAUGUCAACAACAGCAUUCUGAUUGGUCAGAACAACAGCAGUAGAGUUGUGCACAUGAGAAAUGAUUUUGUCAAAAACUACCACCACACUCGCGGGGAUAAUGUCAUUAUUGACGACGAUGACGGUGAUGACAUCAUCGUUUCCAACAACAACAGCAUCACCAGCAUGGUCAUCACCACCAACAACAACCACAACAAAAACAUCAUCAUAGCCAGCAACAACUGCAAUGAUAGCCUGUUCGUCAACAACAACAACAGCAUAAAUGACGUCACCAUCGUGAAAAACAACAGCAAUAACCAAACUGUCAUCACUAACAGUAGCAGCAACAACAACAUUCUCAUCACCAACAACUACUGCAACAAUAACAUCGUUAUCAACACGAAUAACAGCAACAACAAAAUUGCUUUCAUUGACAACAAUGCCAACAACUGUAUCCUUGUUAAUAGCGUGGAUGCAUAA